AAUUGCCACACUGAGGCAUCAGGUCUACACAGCGACUCCUGCAUCCUCCAGGCAACCGCUCUACCAGUCAGUCUCUGAGACCCACCAGUCCUCCUCUCAUCUCUCCACCAUGUCUGUCGUAGUGGCUCGAAGCCGGCGCAGCGUCAGCGCCAGCAGCACCAGCGGCUACAGCGCCAAGAGCCUGUCCUCCGGCAUGCAGCUGGGCUCCCGCAUGUCCUCCGCCUUCUCCUCCCAGCGUGCGCUCAGUAUGUACGGGGGCGCGGAGGGCUUCGGGACCCGCAUGUCCCAGUCCAUCUUCUCCUCCGGAGGCGCGUCCUCCUUGGGCGAGACGGUGCUGUACAACAACGAGAAAGUGACCAUGCAGAACCUGAACGACCGCCUGGCCUCAUACCUGGACAAGGUGCGCUCCCUGGAGACAGCUAACAGGAAGCUGGAGCUGCAGAUCAAAGAGUACUUGGACAAGAAAGGUCUCAUUCACACCAGGGACUUCACUGGCUACUUCGCCACCAUCACUGACCUCCGAGCUCAGAUCCUGAGGAGAUUCUCAGAGCAUCAGCAGCUGACCCUGCAGGUGGACAACGCCAGACUGGCCGCUGAUGACUUCAAGAUGAAAUAUGAGGCAGAACUGAACAUCCGUUUGAUGGUGGAGGCCGACAUGGCUCGUCUCCGAGGGGUCCUGGACAGCCUGACUCUUGCUCGCAGUGACCUGGAAUCCCAAAUAGAGGGUCUGAAGGAGGAGCUGGUGUACAUCAGGAGGACCCAUGAGGAGGACAUGCAGCACUUGAGGGUCCAGCAGUCUGGCUCUGUGAACGUGGAGGUAGACUGCACCGAGUCCUCUGACCUGACAAAGGUACUGACCGAGGUCAGGGAGCAGUAUGAGGCGUUGAUGCUGAAGAACCAGAAAGAGGUUGAGAAAUGGUUCCAGAGUAAGGUGCAGCAUUUUCAGACCGAGAUGUCCUCCUGCACUGUAGAGGUGAAGACUUUCCAGUCAGAGCUUUCUGAGCUUAAGAAGACCUACCAGAGUACGGAGAUAAAUCUCCAAGCCAUAUUGUCCCAGAAACAAUGCUUGGAGCAGAAUUUGGCAGAGAUCGGGGUGCGAUACAGCGGCCAGCUCAGCCAGCUGCAGGUGCAAAUCAAUUCGUUGGAGACAGAGCUGCAGCAGCUAACAGCGAGCAUCCAGCAGCAGGUCAUAGAGUAUAAGGCACUCCUGGACAUCAAGAUGAGGCUGGAGCUGGAAAUCGCUGAGUACAGAAGACUGCUGGAUGGAGAGGGACGGAUGAGGCCUGUGAUCGUCACUGAGGUGAAGGUGGAAGAGGUUAAGCCCCACAUCGAGAGACGGGUGAAGACCAUCGUGGAGGAGAUUGUCGAUGGAAAGGUGGUGGCCACGAGUGUUGAUACCCAGGUGCAGGACAUCCAGUAACACUCAAGUUAACCUGUGACUUGUGCUGCAAUUCAACUUAGCUUUUAAUGUGAUUUGGCAACUGAGUAGUUCAUAAUUGACUUUACUUUGAAAUAACUUUGUAAUUGACCACGGUCAACUGUUAUCUACAGCUACUGACUUCUCAAUUUAACUUGGCAGUAUACAAGGCACAUGUCAGUGUUCAAAAAAAUAAAAAUAUUUUAUCAAAGGUA